CUCAAAGACAUGGAAGGUAAUUAUCAUGUGCAAGAUGAUACGAACGUGCCUCUGAAGGGAUUCUAAUGUGUCCUGGAAGUUGUAAACAGAAGCAACAGUGUAAAUAAACAUAAAUUCUCACAAAACCAUGUACCUCGAUUUCAGGCAUGAAAGAAGUCAAAUGGGAGAGAAACCUUCUAUAUAUACUCAAUAUGUUAGAGCCUUUGCAUAUGACAGUCAUCUUCAAAGGCAUGAAAGAACACGUGCUGGAGAAAAACCCUAUAAAUCUAGCCAAUGUGGUAAAGCCUUUGUAUGUGAUAGAUAUCCUCAAAUGCAUAAAAGAACAAAUGCUGGAGAAAAGCCCUAUGAAUGUAAUGAGUGUGGUAAAACCUUCGCACAAAGCUAUCUUCUCCAAAAACAUAAAAGAAGAACACAUCAUAAAAGAAGAACUGACGAGAAACUCUAUGAAUGUCAUCAUUGUGGUAAAGCCUUUAAAUCUCCUAAUUAUCUUCUAAUACAUAAAAGAACGCAUACUGGUGAGAGACCCUAUGAAUGCAGUCAAUGUGGUAAAACCUUUAUAUGUCAUAAUUUUCUUCAACGACAUACAAGAAUACAUACUGGAGAGAAACCCUAUGAAUGUGAUCAUUGUGGUAAAGCCUUUGCACAGCAAAGGAAUCUUCAAUGCCAUAAAAGAACACACACUGGAGAGAAACCCUAUGAAUGUAAUCAAUGUGGUAAAGCCUUUUCAAAUCGUAGAAAUCUUCAAAUACAUAAAAGAACACAUACUGGAGAGAAACCCUAUGAGUGCAAACAAUGUGGUAAAGCGUUUGCACGUCAUGGUAAUCUUCAUGCACAUAAAAGAACACACACUGGAGAGAAACCCUAUGAAUGCAAUCAAUGUGGUAAAGCCUUUUCUCACUCAAGUCAUCUUCAAACACAUAAAAGAACUCAUACUGGAGAGAAACCCUAUGAAUGCAAUCACUGUGGUAAAGCCUUUGCGCAACAAAUUACUCUUCAAACACAUGAAAGAAUACAUACUGGCGAGAAACCCUAUGAAUGCAAACAAUGUGGUAAAGCCUUUUCAGACCACAGUCAUCUACGAACACAUAAAAGAACACAUACUACAGAGAAACAGAAAGUACCCUCCAAAUGUAAUCAAUGUGGUAAAGUCUUUUCAUAUUAUGGCUUUCUUAAAAAGCAUGAAAGUAAACAUGCUGUAGAGAACUAUGAAUGUUAUCAAUAUGGUAAAGUCUUUGCUUACAAUGCUCCUAACAUGCAUAAAAGAACACAUACUGGAGUGAAACCCUAUAACUAAUCAAUGUGGUAAAGCUUUUUGUACAACAUAAUCAUCCCUAAACAAAUAAAUCAACACACUGGAGAGAAAUCCUAUGAUUGUUUCAACACCUGUGUUACAGGAAUGAAUGCUUAAAAGAGAAAAACUUUAAUCAGUGAAAAAUUGUUGUUUACAGAGUUAUUUUAAUUAUGUGAUGUCAGUGUGUGUUUGUGUGGGUAUAUGAAUAUGCAUACUAGUUCCCAAGAAUGUUAAAACCCUGGGUCCUCUUGUAGCAAGAAUUAUAGGAAGAUGUCAGGAGUCGGACCUUGGUCCUGGGAAUGAACUUUUCCUAACUACCCCAUCAUGUCUCCAGACCUAUAAAUUCUUUAAAUGCUACUGUGUGAUUCAAAGUCCUAAGGACAUAAAAGAGAUUUAAGGAUACGUUUGAACUCAUGAUCCUAAUAUGUCCAGCUCCAGAGUAAAGUCCAAGGGUAGGUGAUGUGCUCCAAAUGUCAACACAAUAGAAGAGAUUAUAAUAAACAUUAAAUAAUUCAUGUGUGUAUCAAAACUGUAUUUUCAUUUAUCUGGUAGAGAUAGAUAUAAUAAAGUAGAAUAAUCAGCAGUCAGCUGUGUUCUCAUGCCAUAGUUUGUUCUAUAUAAAGUUGGUUGUUCCACGCUUCUCCAUGUCCCCAUUGUUUAACAGUUUUCAAUUUUUUCUUGAAAUGCUGUCCUACAGGGUUUAUCCAGAGAUGCCAGGUAAUGUAAUGACACUAAGAUUUAUUUUGUCACAUUUAUGUUGUAUGUAAUGUGACUAUGGAUUUGUAGGCCAUGACAAAUAUGUAGAGAUCAGAAGGCAGCUUUGUGUUGUCUACUUUUGGUACUCUUUAUAUGGUUAUUAAGGUCAGGACUGGAGCCUUGCAGACUACAGAUCUUGUGCCUUCAGGUACAAGGGUAGGUGGAGGUGGAGACUGCUCAUUCAUUUCCCGGCCACUCAGCAACCAAUAAUAACACCGAAACUGUAUUAAUUACAAUACUGUUUGGCCAAUGGCUUAGGCAUAUUUUUCUCUGUUACAUCUUAUAUUAACCCAUUUCAUUAGGUCAUACUACAAAAACCUGUACUUCACAAAAUUGGACAACAUAAAGAAAUGGACAAUUUUCUAUUUAAAUAUUAUAAACCAAAAUUAAAUCAAGACGAAGUAAAUUUUAAAUGUACCUAUAAAAUGCUAGGAAAUAGAAGUUGUCAUCAAAAGUCUCCCAACCAAAAAAAGAAAAGAAACCAGGACCAGAUGGUUUCAGUGCAGAAUUCUAGCAAAACUUCAAAGAAGAGCUAAUACCUAUACUCCUUGAUGUAUUUCACAUAAGAGAAACAAAAGGAACAUUGCCAAACUAUUUAUGAGGCUAACAGUCACCCUGAUACUGAAGCCACACAGACUCAAUCAAGAAAGAAUUACAGACCUAUCUCACUCAUGAACAUAAAUGCGAAAAUACUAGCAAACCGAAUCAAAGAACACAUCAAAAAUACUCAUCUACCAUAAUCAAGUCAACUUCAUACCAGAGAUGCAGGGAUGGUUCAUCAUAUGAAAAUCUAUCAAUGUAAUCCAAUAUAUAAAUAAACUGGAAAGAAAAACCAUAUGAUCACCUCAUUAGAUGGUGAAAAGACAUUUGAGAAAAUCCAACACCCCUUUAUGGUAAAAGUCUUGGAGAGAUCAGGAAUACAAGGAUCAUAUCUAAACAUAAUAAAAGCAAUAUACAACAAGCUUACAACCAACAUUAAAUUAAAUGAGGAGAAACUCAAAGUGAUUCCAUUAAAAUCAGGAACAAGACAAUGCUGUCCAUUCUCUCCAUAUCUAUUCAAGACAAUUCUUGAAGUUCUGGCUAGAGUAACAAUACAACAAAAGGAGAUCAUGAGGAUUCAAAUUAGAAAGAAGUCAAACUUUUUUAUUUGCAGAUGAUAUGGUAGUAUAUAUAAGUGAAGCCAAAAACCCUACCAGGGAACUCCUACCAUUGAUAAAUACUUUCAGUAAUGUGGCAGGAUACAAGAUCAACUCAAAAAAAACCAUUAGUCCUCUAUAGAAAUAAUAAAGAAGCUGAGAAUGAAAUAUCACCUUUUUCAAUAGCCACAAGUAAGAUAAAAUAUGUUGGGGGUAUCAAUAACCAAAGUAGUAAAAGACCUAUGUGACAAGAACUUUAAGUUUUUGAAGAAAGAAAUUGAAAAAAAAUUACAGAAAAUGGAAAGAUCUCCCAUGUUCUUGGAUAGGUAGGAUUAACAAUUAAAAAAUGGAAAUCCUUCCAAAAACCAUCUAUAGAAUCAAUGCAAUCCCCAUCGAAAUACCAACACUCCUUCACAGAACUUGAGGAAACAGUAGUCAACCCAUAUGAACAAAAGAAAAAACCCAGGAUAGCCUAAACAAUCCUGUACAGUAAAGGAACUUUCAGAGUCAUCACCAUCCCUGACAUCAAGCUCUAUUACAGAGUGACAUUAAUGAAAACAGCUUGCUGUUUGCAUAAAAAAAAAAAAAACAGGCUGACCAAUGGAAUUGAAGACUCAGAUAUUAAAUCCAUACACCUAUGAACACCUGAUUUUUGACAGAAAAAAAAUUUAAGCUUAACUUAUACAGUGGAAGAAAAAAAGUAUCUUCAACAAAUGGUGUUAGCAUAACUGGAUGUCAACAUGUAGAAGAAUGAAAAUAGAUCCAUAUCUGUCACCAUGCACAAAACUCAAGUCCAAAUGGAGUAAAGACCUCAAUAUAAAUCUGACCAUACUGAAGCUGAUAGAAUAGAAAAUGGGAAGUAGCCUUCAAUGCAUGGGGAAAGGAGAACACUUCCUAAAUAUAACCCCAGUAGCCCAGACACUGAGAGCAACAAGUAAAUUGGACCUCCUGAAUCUGAGAAGCUUCUGUAAAGCAAAGGACACAGUCAAUAAGACAAAAAGGCACCCUGCUGAAUUGUAAAAGGACACAGUCAAUAAGACAAAAAGGCACCCCGCUGAAUUGUAAAAGAUCUUCACCAACCCCAUAUCAGAAAAGGACUGAUCUCCCAGAUAUAUAAAAAAUUCAGGAAAUUAGACAUCAAAGUUCCAAUUAACCCAAGUGUGACCCUUGGAAUUUAUAUAGACUCAUAAGCAUUUUGUCCUAAUAACCAUUAUAGGAGCAGUUAGACUGCAGUUUGCAUUUACAGAUCACA